UCGAGUUGGUUCGUUCGUCGAGAUCAACAUCAUCUCCUUCAUGUCAUAACGAACUAAGUUCGUCAACCCUUAAGGAGAAGCAAAGAUGAAGAAUCUGGUGGAGGAUGGCUUUGUCCCGGACUGGCUAAAGACCUGGGUCCACUCCCUUCUCCUGCGCGAAGACCUAAGGGGAUACAUGCCGACAAUGACCUCUGUGGAUGUUCUUAUGACUUUCCGGAUGUUCUUAUGACUUUCCUAAAAUUUCCUGGCUGGCAAGGGCAACCGUAACUCUAAUUAGGGCUACCGCUGUCAGUGUUUGUGAAUUGCUGGGCACUAGGAGAGGAAUCCACCCCAAGACAUACUGAUACUUGCUACUUGGUUAUCAUGAUCUGCCUCCCUAGACUAGUAAUUGUGCUGUCAUCUGUGAAUCAUGGGACCCUAGUAGUAGUACUGGCAUAAUUAGCUUUUACUUCUUUGACUUAUUUCUCUUUUGAAUAUAAUCCAAGCUCUAAUACUCGUCAAGAUGCGUACGGUCGUGUUUGUGCUGUGGACCCCAACCGCUAUCCACAAGGAUUCAACAACGUCUACUCACAAGAUUUCGAAAAAGGAGGGAAGCUUCUACGACGAAGGCUGAACUCAUCAAAUAUUCAAACUGUUAAGGCACGUUUUGCUUUUGGUUUUUUUUUUAUAUCCGCAAGAAAUCCAAUUGAAUGAAAUUUGAACUUUCUUCAAAUACUCUUACUCGAAGAUGAUUUUACAGCAAAUUAUUAUCUUUACUAUCUUUAUUUUUCUUGUUAUAUUCAGUGAGUGAGUUCCUUCCCCCCGGUUUUUCUGAUAGUACCAUGAUGGGAUGCACUGCGGCUCAGGUUAUUUACCUCUAGCAGGUGUAGCUUAUCUCAUCUCAAGCACUGUUCUCUCCGCUUCAAAGCUUAUCAUCUUUACUAUCUACUAAGAGAAAGAGUAAGAUGGCCGUGUCUUGUUUCAGUCACUUUACCAGUGCGUCCUCCACCUCGAACACUAGCGAUACUUCGAAAAGCGCGAGCUCGACGUCGACCCCGAGCUACAAGUCGGAAUACAGCCGAGUUCAUAUUGUCGAAGAAGACUACAACAAAAUCAACAAGAAUUAAGGCUCCACCUAAUCCAUCUCUAAUAUGGCCAUCCUUGAAGCAUAAAUAUCCACCCCAACGCAAGGGAGACACUGACGCAUAAAUGCUUGAGGGAUUUCCACAGGGAUGAAGAGGGGCGAAGUCUAAAAGGAUGCGAUCGACCAUCUGGGCGCCAAGAUUGCAUCAAAAGGUCAAGGAGAAACACCAGCAGUGGAGGUCGUAGAGGAACAUCCUUACUACGAGCAUCUUCGAGCCUUGAGGAGAUUUGUUGAGGUCAGUGUCGCGCCUUUAGAGUUCGAUCCGAUGAAUGGGACGAGUGGGGAAAUUGAAGCAUGUACUCGCAAUGUCACAGUUUCGAGUGGGCUUUUACCUGUUCAUAUUGGCGACCAUGAGAUUAUGGACAUACUGUGAGACUACGCUAGAUCAACUAUAGCAAUAAACGCUAUUAACGCACGUGAAUUGCAAGAAGUAGACAGUUUUUCCCUCGAGCAGACCUUUAUUUUAGAUGAUGUUCUAUGAUGGUCACUCUUAUACGACAUCCAGGAGCACCAGGAGGACCAGACCGAGAGCGACGAUAUCAACGCGAGCGAGUGUUGAAUCUCCUGAAUAUCUCCUAUCCGUCAGACCUGAAGAUGAAAACGACGAGGCCACGAACACCUACAGCAGCAGGAACAAGUACACCAGGAGAGAAAGAUCAAGAGGAAGAAGCAUCUCCACCAUCUCCCUUCGAUCCGAAGGACCCUGAAUUGUACAACUCUUUCGCCAAAUACGAGUUGUACCAGUCUAUGCACCAAUGGUUGGAAGAAUUGUGCCGAAUUAGUCGCGACAAACUUUGCCACGUUGAUAUUAGUGGUCAGAUCAGCGGCCAGGAGGAAGGUCAUUCGGUGAAACAAGGGGUGGUGGAUCACAUGAAGUUAAGAUGAGACGAGUUAAAUUGACAUUUUUGUUUCCUCUAAUUCUUUGUCGUUCUACUUAUACAUUUUUAAAGCCGAUAUUGUCCUUUGUUGAUCUUGUCGUGAUCUUCUUGUCUAAGAAGAUUUCCAAUCUCUGGUGCUGCAGCUGCAUCUGGUCCAACCAACAAUGCGAAGCCUGACAGAGACGGACAAGAAGCAGAAUUAAGGCUCAAUAUAUUUCAUUUCUACAAGUAAUUUCUCCCUAUUUCCUUCUUAGGAUUGGGAGAAAUGUAGGCAAGAAUAAGAAAUGAAUAAUUGUUUUGAGCUCUAACAGAAGACGUUCUCUACUUCCAUCUGACAGAUUUGGAAGCGAGAUUUGAUAUUUUUCCAGCGCCAGCGACUAAACAUCCGGAACUACAAAGACGGUUAGCUCGAUUGGUCGGCGCCAAAUUGUGUGGUUCUUCAGUCGAGCAACCAUGGGGCAAGGUCUUCGUGAAAGACGAUAACGGAUGCAACGGCGUGGGGCUGUGCGUUUUUAGCGAGAAAGACCUAGCAUCUUCAGCAUCUCAAUCAACAAAUGGUCAACAUGCUUCAUCAGCAACGGCUGGAGCAGUGCUAAAUGAGAAAAACUUGAAAAAGACAUCCUCAGUUUCUUCACAAACACGUGGAAGCCAACUGUUACCACCUACUACUUCGACUAGAUCCACGACCACGACCUGCUCAACAUCCACGACCAAGUCUUCGAGUGCAGCCUCAUCCGCUCGAUUGUUUCAGCAGAAUAGAGGUGGUUGUACUAGAGUGAAUGAGGUCCGUAUUUCCAAUGCUCACCGGAGACUUCUGCGUGUGCGAAACAAGGUAAUAAGGAAAACCUCUAGCUGCACAAGCAUUAAUGGAGUAGAAGAACAAAAGCCACAAGAACAGAAAAGAAUCGUACAACACCAACACCAAGUGCAGCAACGUUAUGUCUUACAAGAAGGUAUACCAACGGUGCUGCGAAACACCGAAAGUGGUGCGCAACUGGAGAUUGUUUUGAUGCUCGUGGAUGGCGACAUCUUUUCCUAUUUUGCGAGAGAACUUCCAUCAGCGUCUACUUGUUCUUCGAGGACAGGAUCUAGUAGUCGAAAUGGAAAAAAGACGAGGAGCAGUGGAACAAAUAUAUCAAAUGCUAAGACAGGAGCUAAAACUGAGGAUAUCGAUAUUAAGGACGAAGACCAAGACCUACAAGUCGUCCAAGAAGUUCGACUUCACAAAGAACAAGAAGGUGGAGGACUUCUGUCAUCACGUUCUCGAAGUUCGACUUCAAGUAGCCUGCUUUCUGGAGGCGGUCCGUCUGCGGACCCAGGUGUGGCACUUUCUUCGGAUGCAGAGGUUGAAUUACAGCCUGCUGAUUCUUGCCAUAAUGUUGAAGACCACGGUCCUUAUCCUAAGCUUAGUAACAAUGUCGUCCAAGUGCAAGUCGACACCUGCGUCUCCCUCAACGUCUCUGGGGUAAGGUUCGUACAGCGUGAUCAAUUCGAGUCGGAUCCGGCUUACAGUGAGGCUUUUGAGCACGUUCGUAGACAGUGGUGGAAAUAUUGGGUAGUCGGUAAAUUAGCAACCUUGGCUAUGGCGAAACAGAAAAAACGAUACUAUGAAGAGACCGGGAGUAGAGGGAGAAGAUACGAUGAACAAUCUGGAAGAUCAAGUUCUACUUCUUCUUACAGUCAGGAACAGGAAUAUGGCGGAGACGAGAUGAUAUCGAUAUGUGGAUUGGGUCCAGACUUUUCUCUUGCGCCUAUUAUUUUUGACAGCAGCCUCUGGACGAGCAGCUCUUCAAAGCGUCCAAUAAAAAGCAACAAGAGUGGUCUUCAGACACUAAAAGAGCCUUCUACGAACUCUACAUCUGGUGCUUCAAGUAUUACAACUUCAUCAUCUGCCAGUUCAGGAGAAGUGAAGAAGGCCCUUAUAUCUUCAUCAAUAAAGGAGAAGCUUCAUAGAUCAUACUCAACGAAGUCAUCAGCUUCAGCAGGAUCGGCAGGCAUAUCGUCACAUCGCAACCUUGUUGCCGUUGCGCCAGGGCAACCUAGAUGUAGCAAAAAAUGUAACGAGCAGGUGGAAACAGCCCAAGCCUUCAGUCGUCGGCUAAGUGGUUCUAUAAUGCGAACUCUGAAUCAAAUUCCGCACUUAGUCGCGAAACAACAUCGAGAGACAGUGAAAAAUAUACAGAAACUUCUACUUCUUAGUAGCGUUGAAGAAGUUGACAAUUGGAUAACACAAGGCUAUACUUUACCAGAAUUGAGACAAUGCAUUUCUGCUGAACAAAUAUCAGUGGUACUGUUGAAAACUGAAAGCCACGUGCAAGAGCGUGCAGCUGGUACUAGUACCUAGAAAGGAAGCUACGACGAUUACAAAAUGAACAAGUAGACCUGCUUUGGUG